UGUACAUAAGUUUUCGAGGCGAUGACAGCAAAACUAGCAGAUUCGUCCGUGACCUUUCUGCUGCUCUUCAAAGAAAAGGUUUAAUAACCUUCGGAGAUGAUAAGAAGCUUGAAGCUAUCAGAGACUCCAAUAAUAUUCCACCUCAUCUUCUUCAAGCAAUUAAACAAGCCUGGAUUCGUGUUGUUGUUUUCUCCAAAAACUAUGCUUCUUCAUCGUGGUGUUUAGAGGAACUCUCAAGUGUUGUUCCACGAAUACAUGCUCGCAUGUUAAGGCCAGCACCAGCUUUUCAUGUCAAUCCAUUCUUUGCUGAACUUGAAGAAAAAAACUGGUUUGAGGCAUAUUUAGACAAGGUGAACACAUGGAGGCUGGCUAUGAAUCAGGAGGCUCAUCGCUCUGGUCACUGGUACAUUCCAUACAGGUUUAUAUCAGUUUUUUACGAUGUGGAUCCAGAAACCUUUGCUCAACAAGAAGAAACUUACACUUAAUAGAGAUUUAGACAAGGCACGAAGAUGGAGGUGGGAUAUGAAAGAAGUGGCCAGAUAUGGCUUGGAUGUACGAAAUUUAUGCUCCCCAACUUGAGAAAAAUGAAGCUCUACGGCUCCAAAACUGUGAUCAAGACACCAGAUUUUGGAGGAGUUCCAAAUCUUGAGAGACUCGACCUUGAAGGUUGUACUGGAUUAUUGGAAUUGGAUCCAUCUAUUGCCGAACUUUCAAUGCUCAAGUUCUUGAAUUUGAGAAAUUGCAUCAAUCUUAUUAGUAUUCACAAUCGCUUAUUUGCUCUAAACUCAUUGGAAAUUCUAAAUCUGGCUGGCUGUUCAGAACUUGCACAUUGCUUGAAUUUUUCUCCUUUGAAGAGCUUGACAGAAGUGAAACUGCUUAGCUUUUGGUCUAAUCCAUUCUUAGAGAACUUUCUGUAUUUUCUUUUGUUUGUUUUAGCAGAAAAAUGUUGUUAGCAAUUGUUGUUUUCUUGGUUUGCAGCAAUUGUUGUUUUCUUGUUUACUUGAUAAGUAUUUGUGAGGUUUAAUAUUCAUGAAGUUUAGGUAAUAAAGGCUGAGAUUGAAGGUUGUAUUUUUGUUUUAUUUGUAUUUGGUAUAUUUAAGAAUGAUUUGUC